UGUCCGCCAUGUUUUCCAGUAGGAGUCUGGCGAUGUUUCGCUGAGGCGCAGACAAAAGAGCGUGAAAUAUUUCACCUCUCGGAACUCUCGGGCAUCCCAUACGGAAGCUGAGCGAGGAGGGGGAAAGCAGCGGAGCGCCAAGGCUCGGCUUUGUGCUGGAGAUGCGGCUUCGCUGCUUCACACUGCGCGCCUUCCAGUGACGCCGGAAGAAAACAGAGGAGGGAGCCGCUUCUGAGCGCCUUCUGCCCCGGACCGCUAAAGGACUAAGAUGUAUCAAGUACCAGUGAAAGAUGUGACAAAACUCAGAAGAUCGAGAAAAAGAGUCAAAAGUAUUCUGUGUGACAUUGCGUUAGAAGACUGUCAAGACCUAGUAGAGAAAUACAAGCCUUUUGAUGCUGGUGAUGCAAGUUUCAACAACACAGAAUGGGUUGACUUCAUAGAUGGUAGUCUUGGCAAAAGGAGAAAAAAGUGGCGGUACCGCUCUGAGACACUAUGCUGCAGCUUGUGUUGGUUUUCCACACGGUCCUUUUACACCUUCAGAAGUCAUGUGCAGCGGUAUCAUGGGGAGGAGAUGGAUCUUGCCUGCCUCUCUGCCUGCCCCAAAUGCACUUUCAUCAGCCACCCUGAAGUCACAGAGCAGCACAUCAAGUUUUUCCACAGUUUUCCUCCAAAAAUCAUAUCUCCCCCAUCCAACCCAUUCAUCCCAUUCAGAUCCAUCUCCCCCACCCCCAGCCAGUCUGUUAGUCACCCGUUGCAGACUGUUACUGUUGCAGCCUCUGUCACAGCCUCUGUCACAGCCUCUGACACAGGUGAAGAUAGGUAUGUGUGUCUAAACUGUGGCUACCAUGACUCUUUACUUUACGUGAUGAAGAAACAUGUUUUGAUCAAUCACCAUGCUACGUUACUGAACCGUUACUUUGGCCACAAGUUCGAAAAUGCAAAGAAGGCUCUCGGUUCAAACAAGAAAGCCUUCAUAACGGCUCCAAAGUAUUAUUGCAAGGAGUGUAAAUUACCUGCAGAGACCAUAGAGCAUCUAAUGUAUCAUAUUUUGAGCUCGGAAAAGCAUAUUGAUCUGCUUUGGCAUAUUAUGCCUUUCAUCCGGGAAAAAGUUCCGACGCAGAAAUUUGGUGACCAGCACAAAUUCCAGAACCUGGCUCCAAAAGCAAUGCCACACCCACUUAUGGUUGCAAGACCCAAUUUCAUACAGCAGACCCAGACAAUGAAAGGAACUUUGGGGCCUAAAUCUAAUGGCACUAUGCUUCUUGCAGGGCCAGCCAACACAACUGCUCUUCUGUGCCCUUCAGCGAGACCAAUAUUCUUAUCUCCACCAAAUCCAGCUUUAGUACCAGGCGCAAGUACCCUUCAGAGCACUCGGCAGCAGCAGUCGUCCACUGGGAUCAGUCAGACUUUGAGCACUUUGGCUACUGCCCCAGUUGUUAACUCUUUAAAUAUGGUGGUUCCAAACAUGUCUCAGGACUCUGCAAAUCAGUUACCCAUGACCAUGGCAGUACCCAGCCUCCCGCAAGCCCAAGCAACACAGCAAAUGCUCCUGCCGCCAGGGGUUCAAGUCAACCUCCCAGGGAAAAUUGGCGUGCGUCCACCAAUGCUAGUGACUCCGAGACUGCAGCUUAAUCACCCUUCUCCCAGAUCAUCUGUCAUGGCUUCUCAGUCGGUCAGGCUUAUUCCCACAGGUAACAAAGUAAAUGGAGUCCCAACUUACACUCUGGCACCUGUUGAAGUUGCUCCAGUCCGGCCAAACGCUGGUCAGUUUGUCGGCAGCACACCAGUAGUUUUGAGUCGAAAUGGACCUCCAGCUGGCAGUCGCUCUGAGACCAUUCCACCAAACACAUCAGCCAAGGCAGCAUCAAGCCAAAAGCAGCCCUUACGUAAACCAACCAAACCAAACGAGCUGGCCGUCCUUGCUCCGUUUCUCAAGAUCCAGAGCAACCACACUGUCAAAUGCCUAAGGUGCAACGUUUUGCUGACUGAGCAGUGGAUUUUUCAACAUUUGUUGCAUGGCUUAAAGUGUCUGUUCUGUCCUUUGAUGUUCUACUCCUUCAAGCAGAUCAUGGAACACACCAGUAAAGAACACAGCUUGAAAGUUAAGAAGAACCGAGAUUACAUCAAAGAGCAGUUCAAACUCAACUGUGACGAUGAAGGCAACCUUGUGUUUGCCACUUUCAACUUGAACACAGAUGUGCCCAAAGAUCUACUGGAUAACCGGGAGCUCAACCUUGUACUUAUCACCAGCACUCAAGAAAAGAUCUACGUAAAGAUGUAUCCACAUUCUGCAAAGGCAGUCUAUCCACCCACACAGAAAAACACACCCACCGACUGUCCAUUCUGCCAGGUGAAGCUCCGAGGCGCAGAGGACUACGAGACUCAUUUGAAGACAAUGCAUCACAUUGUGCCCACCAUUCACGCCAUCCUAAAAUCUCCUGCCUUCAAGUGCAUCUACUGCUUCGGGGUGUAUUCCGAAAAGUCGACGCCCAAGACCAUUUCCAUUCAUGUACAGCGCUGUCGGUGUGCUCCCAAGAAUGUCAAGGAAGCCGAGAGGCAGCUGAAUCCAGAUCCGACCGUCUACCUGAACGGCAAUUUUCAGGAUCCCGUCCAGCUGAAAGGGAAUUCACAACUGCAGAGAGGCGAAAAAGAAACUGGCAAGCCAAAGAUGGAGGCCACUCCAGAGAAAAACGGCAGGGGAAGUGCUGCGGCUGAAGCCUCAGUUAAGCUUGUGCUGGACCCAACAGGAAUGGAUAUGCGAUCUUUUGACGAGAGGAAAGAGUUCCUCACAAAGUACUUUCACCAUAAGCCCUAUCCCACAAGAAUCGAGGCACAGACUCUUGCUAAACGUUUGUGGAUGAACAAAUCUGAUGUACUCUUUCAUUUUAGUGCCAGGCGUACCAGAUGUGUGAAAGAGAUCCAAAAGAAGACGACUUCGGUACUUCUUGGCUUCAACAUGACCGAGGUGAAUAAGGUGCAACAUAAGCUUCUCAUUCCAGAAGUUGCGCCGGUUAGUAAAUCUCAAGACAAUUAGUGAAGAGAGAUCUGUUGUAUUUUUCAAAGCAUGUUCAAACUAGCUAUAAACCAUUCUCAAAUGAAUAUUUAAGUGAAACAGCUUACAUCGGGGUCAAGUUUGCUUGGCCCUAGUGCAUUGACCAUUUGUGUUCUCCAUGCUCUUAUACAUCCAGUUGAAGUUAAAGAGACCUUAAUAAUUAGCUGGGCUAAAUCACAGUAGGACAAAUGUUAAACUGCAGGGACAUGGACCCCUCAAACUGGAAUUCAGCAGCCCUGAUUUACAUGUUGACAAAGUCAAUGAGUCUCUGCGUUUGUGUCUUUGAGAGGAUGCAAGGAAUUACAGAUAAGUCAUUGUUUGGGUACCUUUUAUGAUGUUCCUUAAGCCAGUUUGUAAAUAGUUUGCACCUCCUAUGAUGUUAAAGUAAUUUUUUACAUAGCUAGCUAUUCCUUAAAAAAAACCUACUGUAUGGAUUCUUUUUGUACAUUUUUAUGUCAGUUGAAUUUUUGGGGGGGACUUGUAGUAUGCAUUUUGGCAAGUCUGCAGUGAAAUAGUUCUAUAUGAAAGAAUAUAAGUUUACUUUCAGUACCUUCAAGUCAAGUGUACGGAGCUGUAUACUAAUUGGCAAAUUAGUUUGCAUUUUAAUACUGUUAAUGGUCUAUUAAAAUCACACUUUGGGAUUUUUUUUUUCCUAUUUUGAAUACGUAUAUGUAAAGGUUCUUGCAGUUGAACCUGGUAUGAACCAGUCUUAGCUGGGAUAAAGUGGGUGAGGCACAAUUUCUUGGAAUAAUCAAUGCUAUUAAAGAGUGUAUUGUAAACCUUA